AUGCCGGAACCAGGUCUCGCUCCCUUCACCGGCGUGUUCCGCGCCAACGACGAUCACCGCGUCAAGCGCAGCCGACCUUCCGCCUCGUGCACGGCCUGCCAGCGACGCAAGUCCCGAUGCGACCGGCGGCAGCCCUGCGGCGCGUGCGAGAAACGCGGAGGGGAUAGUUCGUGCCAGUUCGGCGGCAACGCCGGACGCAAGGAGGUGCAGAUGCGGCUGAGCAGGCUCGAGGAAAUGGUCCAAGGCCUGGCGGACGCGAGGAGGAGGCAGCAAAAGACAAGUCCUGACAACGAUGCCGAAGCGCGGGGAGUCCCGGCUGUCGGCGGGCAGGAGCUGCACGGCGACGGCAUCGGCGACGACUAUCACGGGGUAACGUCGUGGACGGCGCUGGUGGACAGCAUCCGCGACAUUCAGACGCUCCUCUCCACUGUCGGCGAGGAGCCGGAUACGAGCGAGCCUAAGCCAGCCGGAGAGGAGCCCGACCUGGUGUUCGGAGACGUGAACCCUGUCACUGUCGCCGACGCCGUUGCCAGCCUCCCCGCGCGACAGGAAGCGGACCGACUCGUCAGCCUGUACUUCAAUGCCAAGUUCAUCGCCGUGCCGUUCCUCCACGCACAUCACUUCCGGCGUUGCUACGAGUCGUUCUGGGCCGACCCCUCGUCUGCCGGCUUCCUCUGGACCAGUAUCUUAUUCUCGGUCCUCAGCGCUGGGGUCAUGGUUGCGCGCGUCCGAGACCCAGCGCAGGCGACUCCGCCGUCGGUCACGGAGCCUCGCGUCUACCUGGUCCGGGCGGCGCAGUGCCUGGUCGCCGGACAGUACCUAAGGGCGAGGCCGUGGUCGGUCGAGGCCGUGCUCCUUUACGCGCACUGCCGCAACGUGCAGGGACCCGACGCCGACUCGGCGCUCUGGCCCGUGUACGGGCUGGCGGUGCGUCUGGCCCAGCGGCGGGGCUACCACCGCGACGCGGGCCGCAUCGGCCUCGCCGUCAGCCCGUUCGAGGCCGAGAUGCGGCGCCGGACCUGGUUCACGGUACAGUCGACGGACCUGCUGCUGUCGCUGCAGCACGGCCUGCCGUCGCUCGUCGACCAGGACGUCUGCGACGCCGGCCACCCGACCAACCUGACCGACGACGACUUUGACGAGCCCACGUCGCCGCUGCCGCCGCCGCGCGCCCCGACGGACCCGACGCCCAUCUUGGCCUGCACCGUCAAGUCGCGCCUGUGCCGCAUCCUCCGCCGCGUCGCGCGCCUCGCCCUGUCCCCGAGCCCCGUGCCCUACGUGCAGACGCAGGCCCUGCACUCGGCCCUCGAGCAGUGGCACGCCGACCUGCCCGCCUGCCUGCGCGUCCGGCCCAUCCGUACCACGGCCUUUACCGACCCCAGCUACACCGUCAUGCACCGCCUCAUGCUCGAGGUCAUGUACCUCAAGACGCUUUGCGUCCUCCACCGCCCUUACCUCACCACCGUCAACAUCGCCGCCGCCCCCGACGCGGAUCCCCGCCACCGCGCCUCGGGGCAGGUCUGUCGCGACGCGGCGCGGCGCCUGCUCGAGCUGCACGUCGAGGUCGACGCCGAGACGCGGCCGGGGCGGCGCAUGUAUGAGGACCGGUACAUGAUGACGAGUAUGACGUACGAUCACUUCCUCCUGGCCGCCAUGGUUCUCUGUCUGGACCUGAGCGAGUCGACCGACUACAGUUGCGAAGACAGGGCCAGUCGCAUCCGCCUCCUCCGCACCAUCCACGACCUCUGGUACGCCCGCCGUGCCGCCUCGCUCGACGCCCGCCACGCCUCGCGCGUCCUGCGCGCCAUCCUCGCACGGGUUGACCCCGCCCCGGCCAUCCCCUCGUCGCCGUCGGCCGCCCCGCCGCCCCAGCCGCAGCCGCAGCCACCGAGCCGGCCCGGGCCCGUGGAUGACGCGGGUGGGGGCGACUGCGCCGUCGGCCUGGGCGAGAUGCCCUCGUUGGAGAGCUUCCUCGGUGGCUCUGUGGGUGUGGACUGGCUCUCCGUCGACCAAUUCCUCCGACCCGGGCCCUCUCCUCCAUGA